AUGGCUCCGCAGUCCAACGACAAUAAACCACUGUUCCAGAAGGAUGAGAAGGCGCUCUGCUUCCACGGAGAGGUGCUGUAUGAUGCCAAAAUCACAGACGUGAAGAGAACAGAUCCCAAGGAGACGAAAUCCCCCUUUCACUACAAGGUUCAUUACAAAGGCUGGAAGAACACCUGGGACGAUUGGGUUCCCCAAGAUCGUCUUCGAAAACCAACAGAAGAUAACCGAGAGUUGGCAGCGAACCUGCGCCAUCAGGCUACGCUCAAAGCCAAUCCCAAGAUGGCCAGCAAAACCCGCCGAGGCCAAGGGUCGGAGAUUGGAUCUGGCAGAGGGUCCGAGGAGCGCACAUCUUCUGUCCCUGCUGCCGGUGGUAGGGGAUCCAAGCGUGCAAGAGACAAUGAUCUGGAAAAGGAAGACGCGUUCUACACCCGUCCAUCCAUCCGCAUCAACGUCCCCGAUCAUCUGAAGAAUCUCCUUGUUGACGAUUGGGAGAAUGUCACGAAAUCGCUCCUUCUCGUUCCUUUACCGAGUCAAGCUCCAGCAAACUACAUCAUCGACGAAUAUUUCAACGAAGAGAAGUUGAACCGCCUGCCUACUUCGGCUGAUGCGGACAUCCUGGAGGAGUUUUGUGCUGGCUUGAAGAUGUACUUUGAGAAAGCGGUCGGUAAGAUCUUAUUGUACCGCUUUGAGAGAAGUCAGCUAGCAGAGGUUCGGAAGCUCUGGGAGUCCGGUCGGUACAAGGAUUGGGAGGGCAAGGGUCCUGGUGAUUGUUAUGGGGCUGAACACCUGACGCGCAUGAUUGUUAACCUGCCGGAGAUGAUUGCUCAAACUAAUAUGGACGCCGAGGCUGUUGCUCGCUUGAAGACCGAACUCAGCAAGUUCACCCUCUGGCUGUCGAGAAACAGUGCGAAAUACUUCUGUGCGAAGUACGAGAAACCCACUGCUGAAUACAUUGAGAAUGCCCGCUAG